CCUCGCUGUCCGUUCCAGCAAUCGCCGGCUGCCGUCCGCCCUGCAUUUGCCCAGCCUCGCACUCUCGAAUCUCACCGCCCGGGCGCUGCUCCUGCUGCACUGUCCGCCUCCCCCGAUCCCGUCUCCGAGCAUCACCGGCUAUCCAACGAGCGCGGAGUGAUGCUGCUGACCAUCCCCGUAUCUUUUGUACACACAUCAAUAUCCGGACCCGGCUCCUUCGCCCUCGACCGAGCUUAGCCAUCGUCGUUCGGUCGCCCCACCUGCUCUGCCUCCCGCCAGGCGGCCUCCAGCGCUUCUUUCGCGGCGGAUCGCUCGCCAGUGACUUUGUCAGUGACUUUGUCUGUGGUUUCAUCAGUGGUUUCGCCAGUGACUUCGUCCUCAAUCCGUCAACAGACCCCUGUGCAAGCUCUUCAGACUCUCGCUUGCCACUCAACCCGCACCACACCCAACCUGGAUCGAGUCUUUGACAAGCCAUCGAUAGCUGUUCAUGGCGCUGACCUCAGAAUCGCUCUCAGCGCAUCUCAACGGCCUCUGGGAGGAAUCCAAAGAAUACGAGCAGAAGCUCAAAGACCACUACCAGAAGAAUGGCGCCCUGUCCAUCGUACAUGGCGUUGUCGACGCAGCCGAGCCCGAUCCGAUCCGCAUGGCACGGCUCUGUCUCCUCGAGAUCUACGAAGAUAUUGUGACCUCGGAUCCAGCCUCAGCUUCAUCCAAGGGGCUGAACGACAGGAUCUGGAACCUCGGAUUCUACUCGAGGAUCGAGGUGCUUCGCAAUGCGAUGCGAAAGCGAGACCUCGGCCCAGACAACAUAGAAUCCGUCCGCAGCGCAUACCUUGGGCACCUCAGAGAAGCAGCCUGGUUCUACAAAAUCUUGAUCAUGGAGCUCGGUCUUGAGGACAGCGCCUCUGUUGGCGUUGCCAGGUUUCUGGAGCCCGGCAGCGAGUUGACCAAGGCCGAUAAGGAAGCCCGAGCCCGUAUUUCGGUCGUGCACCGAUGCAUUAUGAACCUCGGCGACAUAGCCCGAUACGAGGAGAUGCUCAGCACAGACACACGCCAGCUUUGCAGCGUUGCGCAGAGACACUAUCGCCAUGCAAUGAAGCUCAAUCCGCAUCACGGCAAACCUGCUUCCCAGCUCGCCAUUAUUGCGAUGAGUAACCAGUCCGAGUUCGAAGGCGUCUACUACUACUCACUUGCAAAUGCCAACAACUCACCCUACGGCAUCGCCAAGGAAAAUCUCAAUACUUACUACAAGUCUGUCUUUCCUCGGACGAUGCUGGGACGGAGACCCACCACAGUGAAGGAAGGUGAAGAACAAGCGCUUUUCAGCCUCCAAAAGCACUUUCUUUCCAUGCACCGAUGUCUGAUAGGCUUCCAGCAACAUGGCCUCAGCGAUCUUCUGGCCGCGGCCGAAGCCUUCGGAGAAACAGCAGCAGAGGCUCUUCAAGACCUUGCCCUGGAUGCAGCCUCUGUCUUUAUUCAACAGUGCGUCAUCAUCAUUGUCUGCUCGGUUCACGAGCUCAACCAAGUCUUCAAUGGCACCACCCAGUCCAAUGUCCGGCAAAAGGCACGCCAUUAUCAGACGGUGAUCCUUGGUGUUCUCUUCGAUCUCACGAGCCGAUCCCUUGGCUUUAUUAUCGAGCGUAUGGCAUCGUUUGGCGCCGACGAUACGGUUCAGAUCGACGGGUUCUCUCGGCUUGUGGACGAAGAAGACCCGGUCCUCAAGUUUUUGAUUCCAGCAGCUCUUGGCUGCAUGUGGAUCGCUCAAAACCCCCAUCUGAUCCCCCAGUAUCUCAACUACACCAAGACCCUGGGUGACGCUGCUUUGACACAGCGCUAUAACAAGCAUAUCUUUGACUUUGGGCGAUCCAUCUCAGAUCUCACCAACCAGCUGCUUGCCUUCGUGGACAUGGAUGGAUGCACCCAAGCCCUUCCCGAAGACGAAGAGCUGCUGGGCCUGGCGCCGCUGCGAGCUUUCUACGACCACCUCGAUCUGACUUCGAUCGCCAAGCUGCUGGCUUGCCCAUCCGGAAGCGGCACUUUGAGAAGCUUUGCCGAAAGUGUUGCGAACCGCGUAUCCCGAAUCGCCAACGUCGUCAAGGUCCUGUCUGAAGACGACGGCAAUGCCAUCUUUAAAUAUGCCGAGGCCGAGGGUAGAUUCAUUGUGAUGGACGACUCGACCAAGAAACGCGAUUUGCAAAAGCUGAUGAAGGUUAUGGCUGCAGAACGGCUCAAGCUCGAGUGUUCGGUAUUGGAGGUGGCGCUUGCAAAGGCCUCCAAGCCCGUCGUCGUGCUCGACGCAGAGGUUUUCGUGUAUCACUUGAAGACGGUGCAGAAAUGGCUCAUGUCGCAGUCUUGCAUCAUCGUUCUGUCAAUUGAGGCCAUCGACUACCUGGAUCGCGCCAAGAAAGGAGUGACGCCCACCAGUGCCCGUGCGCGCGAAGCUAUCCGAUAUCUUGAGCAGAGGUUCAAGUACCGCACAAGCUCGCUGCAUUUGCAGCAGAGCCACGAGUCCUCCAAUCCCUGGAGAGAUGUGGACCUCGAGCUGCCCCGGUUGUCCAAGGAAGUACAGUCGAUCCUCCAGUGUUGCGCAUAUUUCCAAGACCAGGCACUCUCCAAGCGAAUCGAGAGCGACUCGGAUCAUAUACUACACUUUGCUUUGGUCACCAACAAUGCCGAGCUUUCGGAUAUUGCGCGAGAAUCCCAAAUCGCAGUUCGGAGCCUCAGCGAAUUCCACAUCUACUUGAGGGAGCAAUCCACCCGGAAAACCUGACAAGCACAUCCGUCGAAACAGCCCAGGCAAACAGAUCUGCCAGGGGAUAUGCCGUGCUUCGUGUCGCAUGUAGGACUGCUCGAACGGCGUGUGACCACAAUACCGUACCCCAACAUGCCCUCAGCUGCACGGAAGCGAUUCUCGCAUUCCUCCCUGUGAGAUACAGACAUAUGAUUCAGGUUGCAUCUCGAUCGUGCUCGUGUGGCUCAUCCCAGGCGGUGACAUUGUUCGGCUGCCGGUCGCGUGGCCAAACAGAAUACAUAUAUUUUCGCC